CUAAUCGCGCCUGCAGAGGAGGGAAGUUCAGCUGUUGGUAGUUAGAGGUCUAGGUUUAGUCAUACUGGUUAUCAUAAAAGAUAGCGACUCCAAAUAGGCAGAAUGGCACAUACUGGAGGAUCCGAGUCCAAACGUGAACAAUUUCGGAGAUAUCUCGAAAAGACUGGAGUCAUUGAUGGACUCACCAAUGUGCUGAUUGCUCUUUAUGAAGAGACAGAAAAACCAAAUAAUGCAUUGGACUUCAUUAAGAACCAUCUUGGCAGUGCCGGGGUAGAGUCGGCUGACACUGAAGCACUCCGCCUGGAGUUGACCGACCUGCGGCACAAAUGCGAAAUGCUGACAGAGGAGAACAAAGAUCUCAAGAAUCGGCUUCUCCAAUAUGAGCCAGCCAAAGAGGAUGGAGGAACAGAAUGAUGUCCCAUUAUUGCCUCAGUCUUGUUCAAGGAGGACCGUAAAAGUAAAACAAACUACAAAAGUAAUA